UGUACCUGUUGUAGCCACAUCAAGUGUCUUAUUUUGCCUAAGCUGAGCAAAUGCCAAGGCAGCACUUUUCUCCUCUCAUGCAGCUUACAAUUAAUUUCCAGUUUUGUUUUAAUCAAGGUGAACAAAAGACUUUAUCCUGGUGCCCUAGUGGACUGGUAACAGGCAAGGAAAAUAGCAAUGAUCUUUGAGAAUGCUGCUGAGCAAGGUCAGCCAGGUUAGAGAAAAAAACUCAUCUUCUGUCCAAUCAGUGGACAGCUGGUUGCUCUGUAUUUAGACUGUUUUACUGGUUUUCUUUCCCCACUCAGAAGGUUUGGUUCUUCAUAGGAAUGUGCUUGACCCACCUAAUACAAAUAAAAGCUGGUGAGAAUUGGGGGCAUGCUGCCUUCCCCCAGUGCGUGGCCAUGCCAUAGGGUAGGUCCCUCCGUGCUGACUUUCUAGGGCAGGCUAAGGAGCUGCGGGGUGUUCCUCAGGUGGAGCGGGAUGAUAAAGGCUUCUUUGUGGGUACAAACUUCUGAGCACGGACUGUGCGUGCUGCUCACAGUGGGAAGUUACUCAUCUGAUGUCUUUUGGGCUGCAGCAUGGGGAUGUUUUCUGCAUGGUGAUGGAUACGCUGUCACCAUGUCCAACGAGGUUUGAAGGCAUCGAGUCACAUACAGAUUUAAGUCCAAGCCAGGCACAAGUUUUUUCUGGUGCGAAAUGCUUUAAAACAAGAUCUUUCAAAGACCUCAGAACACUGCAUGGAGCCUGAUGCCAGCUCCCACUGACAGCAUUUGUAAACUGGAGCCUCCAGAAAUAGUGCAAAACACUUCCCGCCGGCCUAGGAGGGGCUCCGACGAUAAGAAACAUCACAGAUUUUAUCUUUUCUCUGUAUUGCGCAUGUGCAAGAGCAUGGCACAGAAGCCAAAUUCCUAGGGCAUCACUUGGCUCUUCUAACAGAGAGACAUGGUAUCUUACCAAGGACAUCAUCCUCCUCCUGCUGCAGAGUAUUGCCUGAGUUAGUGAGGACAAAAUGACUUUGUUAGGCCAUGAGGCAGAGCUGCCACCUGCAGCCUUUCAUCCCACCACUUAUCGGUGAGUUACAGCAUGAAGCAGAGUCCUCUGGAAAAAACAAGAGUGUGCUUGUCAAAUCCAGAGCUAAUCUGCCAAGAAGUAAAGAUCAAAGCUGUCUCAGUAGCUGUCCUUCAGACCUUUCUUAGGAGCACGUGGGCAAACUCACCCAUCUUCUACCAGUGUGUUCAGUUGUCUGCAAAAAAUGUUUGGCUGUAAGCUUUCAAAGACUGGACAUGCCCGGUGGGAAGCCUGACAUGAAUACGGAGCAGAAACCUCAACAGAAAUGAGAGGAGGCAACAACAGUGGAAGCAAAAAUAUUUCAGGCUUGUAAGUGUGCCAAAGACAAAAACUGAUUGCAGGAAAUGUUUCUGCCCUGGUAUGGUGCAGGAUUUUUUUUUUCCUUCCCUUCUCAUUUAAGACUUUGAAUUGACCAUGUGCCAGUGGCGGGGCUGGGGUCCCUUUGGUCCCCCCAUCCCAGUGCAGGCAGCCAGGCAUGUGCAGCCAGCUGCAAUAACCAGAGAGCUGCUGAGGGCUCCUUCAGCCAGAGGAAGUGGCGUGGUGCCAGCCUGGGCUGGUUUCUGCGAUUACGUCCCUGCGGGUGUGUCAGUUAAAACCCCGCACGGGAGCGGCACGGUGCAGGCAAAUGCAAGCGGAGCCGAGACGGAACGGUGGCAGUGUCAGCAGAGAAGAGAUGGCCUCGGUGUGUCCCCCUGCAGCCUCCACGCAGCCCACCUUGCCCUCUGGACCCGCCGUCUUCAAAACCGUCCCCUACGCGUUCAUGCUACCGGAGAUACUCUGCGGGACCUGGGUGUGGAUUCUCGUCGCUGCUACCUCUGUCUCCUUCCCGCUGCUGCAGGGAUGGGUGAUGUAUGUGUCCCUCAGCUCCUGCCUCGUCUCCCUGCUGCUCCUCUUAUGCUACCUCUUCGGCUUUCACAAAAACAGCGAGAACUGGAAAGUGUUGGACAGUUUGUACCAUGGCACCACAGCCAUUCUGUACAUGAGCGCUGCUGUCUUGCAAGCCAAUGCGACCAUCCGCUCUGAGUUUGGCCCCAACUCACCACUUUACUACCAGCUCAACUGUGCUGCAUCGGUGAGUCAGUCCAGAAAACCUUCGGCAGGCCAGAGCACCCACAAUUCCCUUCAGGGACAUGAAGGAGUAAAUAUUAAAGCCACAGCAAAGCCAUCCCAAGCCCAGCAGUGUCACGCUGGUCAGGGCUUCAGCUCCUUGUCUCUUUUGUGCAGCCCGUGUGGGCUUCCUGGGGUCCAGCAGCUCAGAGCCUUGUGUGGCUGCCUCCUGGGAAAUGGUGGGGCUUUGCUGAUUCUUUGACGGUGGAGAGUGCUUUAGGCUUGGGAGGUUU